CAAGGAUUGUGUUUCUUUCGUUUUCAUUUCCCGGAAGGGUCGAAUGUAAAAUUAUACAGUAUGGUUGUGUCUUAAUUCUUCGAAAAUACAGAUAAUUUCAAUGGAGACCGUUUCCCCGCCACCUUUGGUCAAGCAAGAAAAUAGUCCAUCCAUAACGCAUGGAAGGCAAGUCAACAUUGCUCCCAGUGUACAUCAAUCCACCCGUAACCAGCUCCCUCUGGCCAGUGCUCCCACUCACGAAGACCUGUGGCAUCUACCUGGACGGCUGCGAAUAAAUCCAUCUCUGUGGGAUAAGGAGGAUGUUGCCCACUGGCUCCACUGGGCUCAGAAGGAGUACUCACUGCGCCGGCCAGAGAAGGGGCGCUUCGAGAUGAACGGCCGAGCCUUGUGCCUGCUCACCAAAGAAGACUUCAGACGCCGCUGCCCCAGCUCAGGUGAUGUUCUGUAUGAGAUCCUUCAGUGUGUGAAACAACAAAGGAGGAAUGUUGUCUGUGACCCUCCUCAAAAUACAUCUCCCACCCUGGCAAAUGGACAAAGUCAGAGUCCAAUCAGCUGCAAGAUCACCACUCACAGCACCCCAGAGCCUCAGCCUCCCACAGUCAAUGACACCCAAGUUUCCCUCUCUUUCACCAAUGCAGUGUCGGCAGCUCUCGUAACCACUGUGAGCAGCCAGCCAGAGCCAGUGUCACCUCUCAGAGAUCGUCCCUUGAUCUUUUACACUUACCCUGCUCCAAUCACACAUAUUAAUGGAUCAGCUGCUGUCCCUACAAUGCCCCACAGCCAGGUUCAGUGUCGUCCUCAAACGGAGAGAACCCUCCAGGAGCCUCUCAACCUGUCCAGUCGAGAGAAGCCACGGAGCCCACUGCACAAAGCCAACGGCCGCAUCCCAGAGUGCAGACUUCUGUGGGACUAUGUGUAUCAGCUACUGUGUGACGACCGUUACCAAGAAUACAUACGAUGGGAAGACCAGGACAGCCUGGUGUUCAGGGUGGUCGACCCCAAUGGACUGGCACGUCUCUGGGGAAACCACAAGAACCGAGACAAUAUGACCUAUGAAAAAAUGUCCCGUGCUUUGCGGCACUACUACAAGCUCAACAUCAUCAAAAAGGAGCGGGGACAAAAACUCCUCUUCAGGUUUCUGAAGCUCCCACAGGACAUCAGGAAACAGCAGGCCGAUCCAGCCGAGUCCCCAGAGCGCACUCCGCCUCCGGACGGGGACUUUCCAAACAGCAGUCCUGCACACGAGCUCAGUGAGGACCAUUUUGAGGUUUCCCCUGAUCGCGCUUCUCCAGAGACCCCUCCAACCGGUGAUCCUGCGAGAUAGAAAAAACAGCAUUAGACUUGCCAAAUACAAUACAACAAAAAUCAUUACAAAAUACGAAGGAGAUUGUGGUGUAUUUAUCUUCUGCUACAGAAUGCACUUGGGUACAUUGGGUGUGUUGUCAGGAAUUUUUCCACUGUGAUUGCUUUUCAUUUUGCUGUGAAUACAACACUAAUAUUAAGGGACAAGAAAUACUGAAAGAAAUUACAUUCAACUUGCAGAAUAAUCAUCAGAACUCAAAUUUCCCAGGCUUGCUGUACAGAUAAUGCACCUAUUUUCUAUAUAUACUAUAUGCUGUACAUUUUGCAGGUAAGUGAUGGAAUUGUAAAAUUGUUCCAGUAAUUCUGUGUGUGUAAUUUUUUGAGUGUUCUUAUGCAGGAUGAGGCAGGAGGGAUUAUUAAUGUUCACACUAAAAUAUUUGUGUGAAUAGUUUGUCUGAGCCAGUUUUUACAAGUUUUUAUUUCACAAUAGUUUGCGCUUUAUCAGUCUGAGGAUGCUUGUUGUAAAGUCAAAACCUUGGUAUCUACAAUGUUUUUCCUGCUUUGUAAAAUAAA